GCGGAAGUUAACCGAAAGCAAAUAGAGUAAAUAGUGCACUAGAAAGUGAGCACGAAACCACUGUUUUAUAGCUUAGUAGUGCACGUAGAUAAGGUUUACAUCUGGUUUUUAGUAUUUAAUUAUCGUCAGGCGAGUAAGGAAACAUGUCCCACGGCUCAAAGAAGAGAAAAUUAGACAAACCCGCUGAAGACCAGCUGUAUUUUGAGAGCUAUGGGGAUGUGAGUGUCCAUGAGGAGAUGAUCUCAGACACUGUGCGCACUGACACCUACAGAAAAGCCAUCUUUAAUCAUCACACUGAGAUAGAAGGGAAAGUUGUGCUGGAUGUUGGUGCAGGCACCGGGGUGUUGAGUGUGUUCUGUGCUCAGGCUGGGGCCAGGAAGGUGUAUGCAGUGGAGGCCAGCUCCAUAGCAGACCAGGCCGAGAAGAUCAUCAAGCAGAACAACGUGGAGGACCGAGUGGAGGUCAUUAAGGGCGCUCUGGAGUCUGUGGAGCUGCCUGAGCAGGUGGAUGUCAUAGUGAGCGAGUGGAUGGGUUACGCCCUGCUUCACGAGUCCAUGCUGAACUCCGUGAUCUCAGCUCGGGAUCGCUGGCUCAAACCCGGAGGUCUGAUGCUUCCCGAUAAAGCAGAGCUCUUCAUCGCACCCGUUAACGACCUGGUCGUGGAGGAGCGUCUGAACUUCUGGAGCACGGUGAAGAGCCAGUACGGAGUGGACAUGUCGUGCAUGACGGACUUCGCCCGGAGGUGCAUCAUGGCGAGCGCAGAAAUCAUCAUAAAACCCGUGACCGUCGAAGACGUCUUGUCUCACCCGGUCAAAUUCGCCGAGCUUGACCUGAACACCGUGAACCUGGAGCACCUGAGUUCCGUCAAGGGACGUUUCCGAUGCUUCUGCUUCGGCUCGGCCGCCUUCAACGCCUUCUGCGUGUUUUUCGCCGUGACCUUCCCGGGGUCCAGACAUCCUCUUGUCCUGUCCACGUCCCCGUUCAAACCCGAGACGCACUGGAAACAGGCCGUGCUUUACCUGGACCAGGCCGUAGAGGUCGUGCAGGACACGCUGGUGGAAGGAGACGUGCACAUGUACCCGUCUGAGGAAGGUUCUAGGCAUAUAUGCAUCCAUGUGGACUAUACAGUGGGGGAAGAGAAGAAGAAAUCGAAGACCUUCGCUAUUUCAGAUGGAUCUUCAUACACAGAGACUCAGUAGAAGCCGUGAUGGUUCUGAGCUGGUCAUCAGAAGGUUAUGAGUUCAAAUCCAAGAUCAUGGAUUGAGUGUGAAGGUUUUAAAACUUUCAUGCAAGGCCCUUAAAAUCUCUCGGCUCGGAGAAGUCCGCGUAACGCAAACAUUAGGUUUAAGAAAUGUUUUUUCUUCACUGUCGGUUUCUAAAGUGUGAAUAUGUCGGACGCCACGAAUGUUGAUGAACAAACGCAGAUUAAAACAAAGAAUCGUUUA